CGGACGUGAGAAGGGGGUUGGAAAAAUGGAGGUGCCGCGCCUGGAUCAUGCCCUUAGCAGCCCCACCAGCCCCUGUGAGGAGGUGAUCAAAAACCUCAGCCUGGAGGCCAUUCAGCUGUGCGACCGGGACGGAAACAAAUCACAAGACAGUGGCAUAGCAGAGAUGGAAGAACUUCCCGUACCACAUAACAUCAAAAUAAGCAACAUUACGUGUGACUCAUUCAAGAUUUCAUGGGAAAUGGAUUCAAAAUCAAAAGACCGUAUUACACACUAUUUCAUUGACCUCAAUAAGAAAGAGAACAAGAACUCCAAUAAAUUUAAACACAAGGAUGUUCCAACAAAACUGGUGGCAAAAGCUGUUCCCUUGCCGAUGACUGUCCGUGGACACUGGUUUUUGAGCCCAAGAACUGAGUAUACAGUAGCAGUGCAGACCGCCUCAAAACAAGUUGAUGGUGAUUAUGUUGUGUCUGAAUGGAGUGAAAUUAUAGAAUUCUGCACAGCAGACUAUUCAAAAGUUCAUCUAACACAACUGUUGGAGAAGGCCGAAGUGAUUGCAGGACGGAUGCUUAAAUUUUCUGUUUUUUAUCGUAACCAGCACAAAGAAUAUUUUGACUAUAUUCGAGAACAUCAUGGGAAUGCUAUGCAGCCCUCUGUCAAGGAUAACAGUGGUAGCCAUGGCUCUCCUAUCAGUGGAAAAUUAGAAGGCAUCUUCUUCAGCUGCAGCACUGAAUUCAAUACUGGGAAGCCACCCCAGGAUUCACCUUAUGGAAGAUACAGGUUUGAGAUUACAGCAGAAAAACUUUUUAACCCCAAUACUAACUUAUACUUUGGGGACUUCUACUGUAUGUACACUGCUUAUCAUUAUGUGAUUCUUGUCAUUGCCCCUGUGGGAUCACCAGGAGAUGAAUUUUGUAAGCAGCGCCUUCCUCAACUAAAUUCCAAGGAUAAUAAAUUUUUGACCUGCAGAGAAGAAGAUGGGAUGCUGGUUUACCACCAUGCCCAGGAUGUCAUUUUAGAAGUCAUUUACACUGACCCUGUGGAUCUUUCUCUAGGCACUGUGGCAGAAAUCACUGGUCAUCAGCUUAUGAGUUUAUCUACUGCAAAUGCAAAGAAAGAUCCCAGCUGCAAAACCUGUAAUAUUAGUGUUGGACGUUAAUGCCCACUUUUCUUAGUCCCCUUUCUUCCCUUAGGAGCACUGAUCCUCUGUUGUCCAUUUUCAUCACCAGAUGUCUUCCACUGAAGCAUGCACAUGCCGCUCUCACCAAAAGCAAACUGCCACUUAUCAAAUUUCAUUCAGAGCUGUUUUAGUGUUUCCUAUUCCCUACCCU